UCAUAGCAGUCCCUCAUUGGCCAAUCAGAAGAUGCUCCAUAGCAGGGUGCUCAUAUCAGAUUUCUUGAUCCAACAUCCUCUCACUCUGUAUCUCUUACAGUCAGUAGACAUGGAGGAUGGGAAGCCUGAUCUGCUGCUGGUCAAAGAGGAGACAAUAGAAGAUGAACCAGAGAGCAUUGAUCUGCUGAGUGGACUAAAGAUGGGGGAGCAAAGUGGUUGGCUGGAGGCUAACAGAGGAGACUGGGCGGCCAUCUUGCAUUCCCAUACCCAGACUGGUGCAGCCAAGGGCCCAGGGGACAACAUUACUGAGCAAGACAGGACCAGAGAUGACAUAGUGGAGGUCAGUGGAUGGGACAGCGUCCUCAACUCUGGGCUGGGGAACAAUACUGUUAACCAGAAACAGACAGUGGAACACAAAACAACAACCGAACUUAGUCUCCAUGACAACAGACUGGCUGAGACCAGGGCGAGGCGUAGAUUUGAUCUGCAUGGACGGGGUGGUGUUGGUAUGAGGCGGGAGAGAACAGACACAGACUCGGCUAGCGAUGCUCCGUCCUGCUCCUAUAGUUGUGAUUCAGAGAGACUGAUGGAGCCUCAGGUUAACCCCCUGACAGGUGCUGCCUUCAGCCUGCCUUCUAUAGGAUCUAUCAACUGGAACAUGGACCCUGUGACAACACAGACACUCCCUGGCCUUCAUCCUCCUCACACCCUCCUAAUGUUAAACCAGACCUCAGACAAUGCCAGUGCCUCAACACUAAAUGGCUACACAAGCACAUUGAGACAUGAUAGUUGUAGUAACCCUAUCAGUAGAUCCGGUGGUAAAGAAAAGCGCUUCCCGUGUUCAUUCUGUGGGAAAGCCUUCAAUUUCCCCAAACAGAUGGAGAUCCACCAGAGGAUGCACACAGGGGAGAAACCUUUUGGCUGCCACCUGUGUGAGAAGAGGUUCUCCCACCAGCACCACCUGAAGAGGCACAAGAGGGUCCACACAGGGGAGAAACCCUACAGCUGCCCCCAGUGUGAGAAGAGGUUCUCACGCCAGGACCAGCUGAAGAUGCACCUGAAGGUCCACAUGGGAGAGCACCUGUAACCACUUGCAAGAAGAUGUUCUCAGAGAGGACUACCUCAGGAUGCACCAGCAGAAAAUGCACGUGUAUAGUGACAUAUAAUGUAGUACUAGUUAGUUUGUAAUUCAUUCUGCUGGUUUUGGUUGUAGUAGGGAAGUGGAUGAGGUGAACUGAGGAAAGAAUGAGUAUGGUGAGACAGUAGAUGAUAUGCUGAUGGUGUCUGUAAAAAUGCUUCACUGAUGAAAAGUGACAACUAUGUCUUGUAGUUUGAUGCUGGUGUUUUAUAAUGAGGAAAUGAUAGUGCCUUAAUUCAUGUUUACUUGACAGGAAGAUGUGUGUAAUGUUGAACCUUUUCCAAAGUAUUGUAAAAUACAUUUUAUCAAAGCGAGGGUACCAAAUUUACAGAAAGGGUGUUACCAUAGUGAGAAAAGUUAUUGUACUUGUCACGUAUAAUUUUGUGCAAUAAACGUACUGUACUUCACGUUA